GCGGCUGCGCGAUCGGAGGCAGCGGAGCAGGAGGACAGCGAGGCGGCAGAGGAGGUCACGCAGUGGCAGGAGGAGUGGGAGCGAUGCUUCUCGCAGGAGGCUUCCACCCGUCAGCGAGCAGAGUGCUGGACGGCAAAGUGUCAGGAGCUGGUCGACGACCUGUCCAGCCAGCUUCACUCGCUGGAGGUUGAGCAACGACAUGGGAAGAUGCCAGACGUCCUCUCGGGUGCCGUCGUUCUGGAGAGGGUUCGGUCUGACCUAGAGGUGAUGAGAAUCGGCCGCCGUGAGGUUUCAGAGAGGGCCUCGAAACGGAUCGCCGCGGAGUUGGAG